AAACCGCAAACAGAACAGUUUAAUUGGACUUCUAAAAUUAGGUUUAGCGAAAUACACAAAAUUGUAUUAGCAAGACGGUAUUGAGGGGAAGACGCACAGUUUAAUUUCAUUUCUUCCUUUGGUCUUUGCGGCACCAAGGACUGCAAGGAGAAGCUGCUCUGACAACCCCAGCUUUUAUGUUAAGCACAUGUCUGGGUUUGAGCAGCAUCACUAGCUUGAAGAGGAGAAAUAUGCUGUGUAAACUCACAUCAGUUGAGGAGCAUUGCUACUUUGGGAAGACCAUGACUCCAUCAUGACUGCCAGUGACAUUUCAUUUCUGUCACAACAGCAGAUUGUGUGUUUGCCACAUUCGGCUUUACUAGACCAAGCAUUCCUUCCAUCUACUGUCCAGUUAUUAAAAACAUGGUAUUCCAGUCAUCCUUAAAGAACUGCCUUCAGCUAUCCUGCAUCCUCAGGACUCCAAAAGCUGGCUUCAGAAGCAGUAGCGGAGGCCUCAUUAUCCAGUCUGUUUCUAAUGAUGUUUACCAAAAUCUAGCUGUGGAAGACUGGAUCCAUGACCACAUGAAUUUAGAGAACCGUCAGGUCCUUUUCCUUUGGAGAAAUUCCCCUGCUGUGGUAAUAGGAAGACAUCAGAAUCCCUGGCAGGAAUGCAACCUCAGGCUAUUGAGGCAAAAAAACAUAAAACUAGCCAGGAGAAGAAGCGGAGGAGGAACAGUUUACCAUGACUUAGGUAAUAUAAAUUUGACUUUCUUCACAACCAGAAAAAAAUAUGAACGAAUGGAAAACCUGAAGCUAGUUGUGAAGGCACUGAAAGCCUUGCGCCCCCAGUUAGAUGUACACGUCACUGACAGAUAUGACAUCUUGCUAGACAGGCAAUACAAAAUCUCAGGUACUGCUGCAAAGCUGGGAAGGACAACUGCUUAUCACCACUGUACCUUACUUUGUAACGCAGAUAAGUUUGUUUUAUCUUCUGUGCUAAAGAGUCCUUAUAAAGGGCUAAAGAGCAAUGCCACUCCUAGUGUGCCUGCCUCAGUGAAAAACCUCUUUGAAGAGGAUCCUAGUUUAACUUGUGAGAUGCUCCUGGAUGCCAUUGCUGAAGAAUAUGCUAUACAACACCAAAUAGAUCAUCAGAUCACCUUAAUAAAUCCAGCUGAUGAGACUGUGCUUCCUGGAAUUAAUAAUAAAACUAAAGAACUACAAAAUUGGGAUUGGGUGUAUGGAAAGACACCAAAGUUCAGCGUUAGCACUUGCUUUAACAUAGCCUAUAAAGAUUCUGUUAUUGACGUUAAAAUAGAUAUGGAUGUAAAGCAUGGAAGGAUUGAAGGCUGUAACAUUGAUCUGCCAGACCAGUGGCUGCCACUAGCACUGUGCAGUGAACUGGUGAAGAGCCUUACUGGCAGUAAGUUCUGCCCAAAUGAAACCACUACACUAGCGACAACGUUACUGAGAGUGUGUCCACAAGAUGAUGACAUGCACAGCAGGUGGAAUCUGUUGUGUGAGAAUAUGAUCAUGUUAAUGUGACUUGCAUUUUGAAAAUGUAAGUUAAACUUCUGCUGCUUUUUUAUUUAAUUUAUAGAAAACAAAAUUAAAACAUUAAUUUCU